GGCAGACGCGCUUAGUUUAUCAAGAUGGUUAGGUCUUUUUUAUUGUUUAGUUAUUGCAUAAUAUACGGAGUAAACGCAGGAUAUUACUCAAAGAAUGAAGAAAAUCAAUGGUACCCUGGUACUUUAGCAUACAUUUUUGUAUAUGACAGUGGUACGACAACGGUCUAUAAAAGAAUAAAUGAAUACACUGAACAAACUGACAGAAUUACUAUUCCGGAAGAGACAGUAAUAAGUACGAUUAACGGUGAAUUAGUACUUCCAGAGGAACAAGAAUGUAAUAAGCCAAAUGAGUCGCUCCAAUGUGUUAAGGCAUGUCCGCCUGUGAGAACUUGUCAAAAUCGGAAAGUGUUUUAUAUAUGCGCCAAUAAUAUGAACGAAGUUUGUGUAAAUAAAUGCGUUUGUGACGAUGGCUUCUACAGAAAUCCUGAUGGCUUCUGCGUCACAAGCGACCUUUGCGAUAAAAAAUGCAGCGGUCCGAAUGAAAAGUAUGAACCUAACAAAAAGUCUUGUCCGCCUGAAACUUGUCAAUCUAUUGUGGCGAAAUAUAAAUGUGAUUCGAAACAGCAGGGUCGGCCUGGAUGUGUGUGUGAAUCCGGAUUCUUGAGAAUGAAUUUAAAUUCAACCUGCAUACCGAUGGAACAGUGUCCCGAAUCACCUGAUUUCAAUGUAACGAUGUGCAUUAAACCUAAUGAGGAGCUGAAAUGCGUGAAGUCAUGUCCGCCAGAGAAAACAUGUCAAAAUUGUGACAUUCAAUUUAAUUGCAUUGAUAACGCGACAGAGGUCUGCAAAAAUAAAUGUAUUUGUAAAGAGGGAUUUUAUAGGAACGACAAAGGAGAUUGUGUGACAAGGGAAAUGUGUGAAAAUAUGAAAUGUCCUCGUGAAAACGAGAGCCUUCAAUGUGUAAGGUCAUGUCCACCGGUGCGAACGUGUGAAAAUCGUCAUAAACGUUAUCACUGUCUAAUUAAUCAGACUGAACCAUGUAAUUAUGAAUGCGUUUGCGACAAUGGCUUCUACAGAAAUACUGAUGGAUUUUGCGUUACUAGUGAGCUUUGUGACAAGAAAUGCACGGGACCCUAUGAAAUUUACGAACCAAAGAAAAAGAAAUGUCCCCCGGAAAUAUGCAGUUCCAUUGUAUCAAGAUAUGCUUGUGAUCUCAAGGAGAAAGGCCAGCCAGGGUGCGUUUGCAAAUCGGGUUUUCUGAGAAUGAAUCUAACUUCCACGUGUAUGCCGAUGAAGCAGUGUCCUGAACUUAUUAAUUCACAGGAACCAGAAUGUAAUAAGACGAACGAGUCGCUUCAAUGUGUCAAGGCCUGUCCGCCUGAAAGAACUUGUCGAAAUCGGAACGUGUUUUAUAGAUGCUUCAAUAAUAUGACCGAAGUUUGUAAAAAUAAAUGCGUUUGUAACAAUGGCUUCUACAGAAAUCCUGAUGGCUUCUGCGUCACAAGCGACCUUUGCGAUAAAAAAUGCAGCGGUCCGAAUGAAAAGUAUGAACCUAACAAAAAGUCUUGCCCGCCUGAUAUUUGUGAAUCUAUCGUGGCGAAAUAUAAAUGUGAUUCAAAAGAGCAGGGUCAGCCUGGAUGUGUGUGUGAAUCCGGGUUCUUGAGAAUGGACUUAAAUUCAACCUGCAUACCGAUGGAUCAGUGUCCCGAAUCACCUGAUUUCAAUGUAACGAUGUGCACUCGACCUGAUGAGGAGCUGAAAUGUGUGAAGUCAUGUCCGCCGGAGAAAACAUGUGAAAAUCGUGACAUUCUAUUUAAUUGCAUUGAUAACGCGACAGAGAUCUGCAAAAAUAGAUGUAUUUGUAAAAAGGGAUUUUAUAGGAAUAACAAUGGAGAUUGUGUGACAAGGGAAAUGUGUGAUAAUUUAAAAUGUGAAGUGAAUGAAGUACUUGUAAAAAAUCCUUCGCCAUGCGGUGAUCAGUUCUGCCCUGUAAAUAAAAUGUCCAUCAAAAGGGCUUGCCCAACUUCCAUUACACCGGACAUCAAGCUUCCUCCACGCUGCGAAUGCCGUUUUAAUUACAGCCGCGCUAAAAACGGGACUUGCAUCCCCACAAGUCAAUGCCCACCAUUUCCUUGUGGCCAUAACGAAAUAUUUAACGCUUGUCCUCCGUUCUGCCCUACUGAUGACUGCAGCUCAGCCACGUCUUCUGGAAAAUGUCCGAAGUUUGGACGGAUCGGUAUCGUAGUGCCGUGCAGGCCGCAGUGCAGAUGCAUUGAAAAUUAUUGUCGCAAGAACAAUGUUUGUGUUCCUUCCGAAAAAAGUAAUGCAACACAUGCAUGCAAGUAUGGUACAACAUAAGCUGCAAUUUGACUACACUACAACAAAUUUCAUAC